AUGUAAAAUACAUUCGAUUAUGAAGUAUCAGCUCAUUUAUAAUAAUAUCUGCAAGAGUAGGGUUUGCUAGAUAAUCACUUGAUCGGAGUGGGCAAAUUUUCAAAAGUAUUUAAAAUAGAGGUAGGCGGUAAAUUUUACGCCAUGAAACAGUUGAAGCGAGAGGUAGGUUCAUUCAGCCACCUCGAUAAUAUUUUAAACGAAGUCAUGAUUCUCUCAAAGAUACAACAUCCAAAUAUAACGAAACUGAUUGGAAAAUACAGAAAUAAGGAGUUCUACAACAUUGUACUUGAAUAUUGCAAUGGAGGAGAUUUAAAAAAUUAUCUUAAAUAAAAUGGAGUCCUUCCAGAGAUCACCGCCAGAAAGCUCAUGAAACAACUUCUCAGAUCACUUUAAUAUCUUCAUGAGGAGAAACAUAUAGUUCACAGAGAUGUCAAGUCUUAGAACAUCAUGCUUGAGAUGAAGAAUACAAAUGGUUAGAGUUUAACUGAAAAAGAACUAGUUGCAGAUCUAAGAAUUCAGCAUUCAUAAUAAUAAUUAAAGUUGAAAGUAAAAUUAUGUGAUUUCGGAUUCUCAAGGAUACUUUAACCAUUUGAAUGCAUGAUUUAAUCCUAUGGAACACCAAUAUAUAUGGCUCCAGAAGUUAUCACGAGUUAACCAUACGAUUUCAAGUCAGACAUAUGGUCUGCUGGAAUAACUUUUUUCGAGAUGCUAUCAGGCUCAUUUCCUUUCAAUGGCAGUAAUAAGAGUGAGAUAUAUUCGAAGAUCAAAACUGGUAAAUAUCAGUUUGAUAAAUCACUUAACAUUAGCAUGCUCUGUCUCGAUUUUCUAAGUCAUUGCCUGCAGUUCAAUCCUGACAGGAGAUUCUCUGCAAGUCAACUUCUUGAUCAUCCCUAUCUCAGAUAUAGCUGGAAAUAACUUCAAUAAAUGGCAAAGGUUGGCAAUCAAAGUAAAUCUAAAAUACUUUCUGAAAGCUAAUAGAAAACAAUAAUAAAAACAUAAGAUUCUUCUUGCAUUAGUAACAUUAAAAACAAUGAUUAACUAGAACUGCUCUAGGAUCUAGGAGCUUUUGGACAGACUAAAAUGCUUAGUUUUUAAAAUCUGAUUAUCAAAGAAUUAAAUAGCAGAAAUUUCGGUCAUGAUCAGAUUAAAAAUAGAGACAGAGACGACAAAUAUAAAACUUAGCUAGGGAAUAUCGAUCAGUAUGUAUUAACAAUGAAAAAUAUGAAGUAGCUUACAAAUCCAGAGGAUAAACAAAGCAACUUAUCAUUUGGACAAAGCCUCAAUAAAUAGAAAAGAGAAGUUAAAAGAAAUCCUAGAGAAUAAUCUGAAAGGUCAUCUAGAUUUUAAAACUACAAGAAUUUGAAAAACCCAAUGAGUAAACUAAAUAUUGACAUAAUGUAAUAGUCUGAAGUUAAUGACCCAGAGACUUCUUAUUCUUAAUAGAAGGACAGGAAAAAAUCAAGGGAUUAUAGCAACUAGACUACCUAAAAUAACACAUUUAAUAGUUAGAAGAGAUCAAUAUCAAAUGAAGAUGAAUAGUUCAAGAAUAAGUGCAAUUUAGAUGUUGAUGCUGAUGUAGGAGAAGUUUUCGAUAGCCAAUCAGACUUUCAUCUUAAUAUGGAAAAACUUGAUGCUAGCUUUUAAAAAAAGGUGCCAUUUAUGCCAACCAUUAAGCAGCUUUAGCAUCUAGAUAAGACAAGGUUACCUUUCUGA